CGCGAUGUCAAGUUGAUGUUGGUGGAUCCAGAGUAGUAGCACUUUGCUUCUCCCUGAGGUCUCGUCUUCUUUUCAGCUCAGAAACAAGCCACAGGCUUCAGAGAAGACAUCCAAUUGGUGCUGAUUCCAUCGAUCGAUCGGGAGAGGAGAGAGAUGGGCAAGACAUGGGCGAUCAUCACCCACCUCAACUCCAUUGCUGGGCCAAGCAUCACGCUUCUCUAUCCGCUGUACGCGUCCAUCUGCGCGAUGGAGAGCCCGACCAAGGUUGACGACGAGCAGUGGCUGGCCUACUGGAUCCUCUACUCCUUCAUCACCCUCCUGGAGAUGGUCGCCGAGCCUGUCCUCUACUGGAUUCCGGUGUGGUAUCCGGUGAAGGUGCUGUUCGUGGCGUGGCUGGUGCUCCCGCAGUUCAAGGGCGCCUCCUUCAUCUACAAGAAGCUCGUCAGGGAGCAGCUCAGGAAGUACCGCGCCAGGGGCGGCGCCGCCGCCACCGUCACCGCCGGCGAAGAUCACAAGGUGCACAUUGCCAAGGCUGAGCACGAUCAUGGGCACUGAUGGGGACAUCAGGGGAGAUGAUCUGAGCGAACCGGAAGCUUGGCUGCUCUAGAUUAAUUGCUGAUGUAUGAUAGAAACGCCAUGGUAUUCUGUCGAGAAACAUUUGGGAGUACCCCAUAUGUACUAUAUCUGAAAUCUGAACUGUGAAAGAUUAGCUACUACUGUAGUUUCUGCUGUAGGGGGAAUGUGUACUGGUCUGUUUUGAGUUGAGGCACUUAACAGCGUUACAGUGCUGAGUGUUCACUGCAUUGAUAAUCCUGAUCAACCGAUAAUCGAUUUCGAAGAAAUAAUAUUUACAUGGUACUUCCACGUACCUAGAUUACA